AUGGAUAAGGAAACUGUGAAGGACAUCCAAAGGUCCAUUGCAAUGAAGUUGAACAGAGUGGACUACACUGAAGUUUCUCUGAUCAGUGGAUACUCGGAAGCAGAGGAUUGCUACAAGAAAUUUCGGGAUAACCUUAAGAAGAUUUCUGACAGCAUUACAUGGCUGAUGACGUAUGAGCAUGGGGGGAGUAAGAUGAAGUCUUUGUAUUCGAAGAUGGACAUGAUAACUUCCACGUCAAGGCUUGGGCACUUUAAGAAUUAUGAUAUUUACGAGCUCAAUGGACUUGUUGGGUUGGAGCUUUCAAGAAUUGGGCUGGGCUCGAAUGUUAGUGAUAUUGGAAAGAAGUACUCUAAGGCACACAUGGAUAUUUCUAGAUACAAGGUUGAAAUGAACAGGAAGCUUGAACAGCAGAUAAAGAAGAUAUCUGAGUUAAGAGACCAUUCAAAUGCAAUUGAUAAGAAGAGGAAGAAGAUUUCGAACAUAAGGUACGACUUGGAAAUGAUGAAGAGAUCCAAGGAUCCCAAGGCACCUGAUGCAGUAUCCAAGGAGGAGGAGAUGGAAAGGACGUUUAAGGAGACAUCAAAAGAAGCGCUUAAGGAGAUGGAACGAUUUAUUGGAAAUGAUGGGGUAUGUGGAGUGCUUCAGAGUGUUGCACAGGCCCAUGGGGAGUUUUCAGAAAAGAGUUCUAAGGUGUUAGGAGAGGUCAAAUAA